CAACUGUGGAACUCACUAGUGUGUUGGUGUGGGUAUUAUCGUACUCGUAUACACCACGAAUCGCAGAACGCUGCACUAAACUACUUCAGUGCGCUCAGUAUUGUUCAGUACUCUUACGGACCAGUCCGUAACUCGGAUGUGUCUUUUCUUCCGAUCUCGGUUCAGACGAUAAGACUCAAUUUAUGACUCCGGGACUAAAAAUUUUUUAAUUUAAAUUCAGUUUCUUGCACCAAGUCUAAAUUGUACGCGAGUGAGCCACAUCAUUAUAUCGCUACCAUGGUGAGCCGCUCGUUAUCGUGCCCGUGAAUUGUGCCACAUACUUUCCACUCGAAGCCGGUCUUCGACGAGGACGAAAUUUUUCCUGAGAGCUGGGAUUGUUCCUAUGAAAUUCGUCGUGUCGAAAGUGCCCAGUGAAUAACCCGUUGUACUAUUUUAAACCUACCCGAGAGGAACACGCGUGAUUUUUAUUUAACGCGUUCAUUUUUUUUUCUUAGUAACAAAAGCCAUCAUCCUGGACGUGUGAAACGUGUGUAACCUAGUCGCGCAAAUAACCUAAAACAGAGUGAUUUUUCGGAGCUGGAAGACAAGAAUUUCUGAGUUGUGAGUGCGGAGAUUAGAAAAUUGCUGCUUGUCUCUUUGAAAAGAAUGUUGCGAUAUCUGACCAGCAUGUGAUUCAACGCUGCGAAUUCCCGCAUUGUUGGUUUCCGAAUGUCUGCUGAAGGUGCAGCAGACUUAUUGGAAAAUCUGGAUCUAAAGAUCAGGUGAUGUGCUCAGUUAGGUGGGGAGCCUCAAGCACACAACGAGACUCCAAACAUGUUUCGCUCAAAGAUACGGAUUCACACCUGCCAGGUGAUCCUGCUGACCUCGCUAGUCUGGUUCCUGGUGGACGUGAUGGUACUCAUGUUCUAUUCGGACUGCAUCGGCGGCUCGGGUUGGAAUUGUCCUGACACGAGGCCUGCCACCGACGAGUUUCCUCAUCCCGAGGCGAUCACCGCGGAAGUCGAUCCAGUCACGGAUGUCCGGAAACAGUAUAAACAGUCCGAGUUGCACUUGUGGCGACCGGCAAAGGCCGUGCGAGAUCACAAGGGCAGUCCUGGAGAGUCGGGCUCUGCAGUUCACAUUCCUGCUGAUCAGGAGGCGAAGCAGCAGGAACUCUUUAAGCUCAAUCAGUUCAAUUUGAUGGCGAGUGACAUGAUUUCGCUGAAUCGGUCCUUGAAGGAUGUCCGAUUGGAGGGCUGCAAAAACAAAAAGCAUCCCGCCUAUCUUCCACACACUAGCAUUGUGAUUGUCUUUCACAAUGAAGCUUGGAGUACCUUGUUGCGGACGGUUUGGUCCGUUAUUAACCGUUCUCCCAGAGCACUGCUCAAGGAAAUUAUUCUUGUUGAUGACGCGAGUGAACGAGAACAUUUGAAGGAAGAUUUGGAAGAUUAUGUAAAGACGUUACCCGUACCAACUUACGUAUAUCGUACGGAAAAACGGUCGGGACUAAUUAGAGCUCGAUUGCUUGGCGCAAAGCACGUGAAGGGGCAAGUAAUUACGUUUUUGGACGCUCACUGUGAGUGCACCGAGGGCUGGCUGGAACCCCUUCUUGCCAGAAUAGCUAACGACAGGACGACGGUAGUUUGUCCCAUUAUCGACGUAAUUAGCGACGAUACCUUUGAGUAUAUUACAGCCAGUGAUAUGACGUGGGGAGGCUUCAAUUGGAAACUUAAUUUUAGAUGGUACCGAGUUGCUCAAAGAGAAAUGGAAAGGAGAAAUGGAGACAGAACGGCACCUCUUCGUACGCCGACAAUGGCUGGGGGAUUGUUUUCCAUCGACAAAGAGUACUUCUAUCAUUUGGGUGCAUAUGACGAGGGAAUGGAUAUUUGGGGAGGAGAGAACCUCGAAAUGAGUUUCCGGAUAUGGAUGUGUGGUGGGACGCUGGAGAUCGCAACAUGCUCACAUGUUGGGCAUGUCUUUCGUAAGUCGACCCCCUACACCUUCCCCGGGGGCACGAGCAAGAUCGUGAAUCGGAACAAUGCUCGCCUCGCUGAGGUCUGGUUGGACCAAUGGAAGCACUUCUAUUACAACAUUAAUCCAGGUGCGCGAAGCGUCUCGGUGGGCGAUGUCUCGGAACGAGUUGGAUUGAGGGAACGGCUCAAAUGCAAAAGUUUCCGAUGGUAUUUGGAAAAUAUCUAUCCGGAAUCGCCCAUGCCUCUGGAUUAUUAUUAUCUGGGAGAUGUGAAGAAUGUGGAAACGCGAAAUUGUCUGGAUACAAUGGGAAGAAGAACGGGAGAAAAUGUUGGCAUCAGUUACUGUCAUGGACUUGGUGGCAACCAGGUUUUCGCUUAUACGAAGAGGCAACAAAUAAUGUCGGACGAUAUGUGUUUGGAUGCUGCGAGUCCUCAAGGACCUGUGAAAAUAGUUCGUUGCCACGGAAUGGGUGGUAAUCAAGCUUGGGUUUACGAUGAAAACACGAAGAUGAUCAGACACACAAACACGGGACACUGUCUCUCAAAGCCGCGACCUGGAGACGCAACUCAGCCAGUUUUGGCGAUUUGCGAUUCGCACGUGCCCGGUCAAAAGUGGAUAAUGCAGAGUAAAUUCAAGUGGCAAGCGAGCUAGUACCAAUCAAUCGAUCAAUAAUCCUGAGGGACAAUUUUUGUAAUUUUAGAGGACUGACUGACCUUAUCAGGGACCUUCUUCACAUGAUACCACUAAACUUAAAAAAAAAAAAAAAAGAAAGAAAGAAAAGAAAAGAAAAAUAUCCAAGCGAUCUGUUAAAAGAUCGCUCGUGGAAAUUGCGAUCAAUUUCCCCCUCAAAAUUCUUAGGGCUUAUUAUUAUUGAUAGAAUAUCGAGCAUUUACUGCCAUUUUUUUAUGGUAUGCCUUGAUUCCAAAGUACUUUUUAAAGUACUGGUGCAAAUGGAGAAAAAAAAAUAAUAAUAAUAAUUAAAAAGUGAAUUUUUAACGCAUGUGAGAGAGCGAGAGAGAAAGCAUAUCAUGCCACUGUUAUAAAUAAACCAUUGUUGACAUAGAUGAAUUUAAGUGUAAGGAAUACUUUGAUAAUUUGGGAUGUGUGCAAUGGCGACCUU